GUAUCAGAAACAUCUUUAGUAAACAUAUUUUGAGUGUAUCGCAUAAAACUUGACACGGUUUGAGGCGAGGGGUCGGAGAUGUGACCCUUUAUCUGCGGAGCGGGCGGCGCUCGAUACCGCCGCACUCUACUGCCGGCGCACGCGCAAGUCUGUAGAGUAAGAUGUGGCGGCUGUGUGUGGUGCUACUGGCGGCGGCGGCGCAGGGCUGCGAGCUGUCGCCUGGCGCGGGCGCGGCGCCCAAGGCUCCGGGGGACAACUUCUACCGCCUCAUCGUCAACGGCGAGGUGGAGCGGUACGCGCCAGGAGAGAGAUAUGUCGUGACCCUGGUGGGUUCCCGCACCCAUGACGUAGUCCAACAAUUCACGCGGUUCCAAAUGAAGCUGGACCCCCUAGACCCCGCGGCUCCGCGUCUGCCCAGCCGGCAGGGCCAGUUCCAGCUGUUUGCUGACACGCUCACCAAGUUCGACGAGGAGUGCACCAACUCCGUGGUGGAGGCUGAUGACCUGCCCAAGACUGAGGUGCAGGUCAUGUGGAAGGCGCCUCCUACUGGCUCCGGAUGUGUGCUGCUUAAGGCGAUGGUGUACGAGAACGCGUCGCGCUGGUUCGCGGAGGACGGGCAGCUCACCGCCGCGUGCGAGGACACCUCGCUGCAGGCCAGCGACUGCUGCGCCUGCGACGACGCCAAGUACAAGAUGGUAUUCGAAGGCCUGUGGUCACCACAAACGCACCCGAAGAACUUCCCCGUGCAGGCUCUGUGGCUGACGCAUUUCUCUGACGUCAUCGGCGCCACGCAUCCCAAGAACUUCAAGUUCUGGGGGGAGGGGGAGAUCGCUACUGAUGGAUUCAGGUCCCUGGCGGAGUGGGGCUCGGUAGGUCUGCUGGAGCGCGAGCUGCGCCAGCAGGGCGGCAAGCUUCGCUCCAUCGUGAAAGCGCAGGGGCUGUGGCACCCGCGCGUCAACGCCAACACUACCGCCGGCUUUACUGUCGACAGGAAGAGGCAUCUGCUGUCCCUUGCCUCCAUGUUCGGUCCGUCUCCGGACUGGGUGGUGGGCGUGAGCGGGCUGAACCUGUGCCUGAAGGACUGCACGUGGGCCGAGUCGCGGGUUAUAGAUCUGUUCCCAUACGAUGCGGGAACUGACAACGGCAUCUCUUAUAUGUCGCCGAACUCAGAAACCGUUCCCCGCGAGAAGAUGUACCGCAUCACCACCAUGUACCCUGAAGACCCUCGCGCUCUCUACAACCCGCGCAGCAAGGAGAUGCAGCCCAUGGCCAGGCUGUACCUCACGCGGGAGAAGGUCAUCUCCAGGAGCUGUGAUGAGGAGGUGCUGCUGCAGCAGCUCGUAGAGGAGGAGGAGAACACGCAGGCUGUUAAUAGACCGGAGUGCGCAGUAACGGAGUGGAGCGCAUGGUCGGCCUGCUCCGUGAGCUGCGGCAAGGGCCUGCGCAUGCGCACCAGAGAGUACCGCAUGCCGCAGAAGGCGCAGAUGUUCGCGUGCGACAGGCAACUCGUCUCCAAGGAGAUGUGUGUCGCGCCUGUACCCGAGUGCGAAGGCGACUCAGCCCCUUCAGUCGACACGGAUAACAACGCUACGCCCAUAGAGGAGGACACUGGAGUAUGCCGCACGUCAGAGUGGGGACCCUGGUCUGAGUGCUCCGUCACGUGCGGCGUGGGGGUCAGCACACGGAGAAGGCACUUCCUGGAUCGCAUGGGGGCCAAGAAGUGCCCGCUGGUGCAGACUGAGGAGAACCGCAAAUGUAUGGAGCCAGAAUGCACGGAACAAGAGCGCGAGAUCUCCGACCCGUCGUGCCCGACGACCGAGUGGGCCGCCUGGUCGCCGUGCUCGGCGUCGUGCGGCCGCGGCGUGCGCUUCCGCAUGCGCCUGCUGCUCGUGCCGGCCGACAGGCAGCAGGAGUGUAGUGCCAGGGUCGAGCUCAUGCAGCAGCGGGCUUGUGUCGAGAGGGACAGCUGUGCCAUUGAUAUGAUUACUGCUAAACGUAUCUGCAUGGAGGAGGCGGACCCGGGCCCGUGCCGCGGGCUGUACUCGCGCUGGGCGUUCGUGGCGCAGAAGGGCAUGUGCGUGCCCUUCGCGUACGGCGGCUGCCGCGGCAACCAGAACAACUUCAUCUCACAGGACGACUGCACCAGCACCUGCAGCGUCAUACUAGGAGCAGGCGCCCCGCCCCCCGGUCUACCCCCACAGCUGAACCAGCUGCCGACUCCAACCCUGAACAACAACGUGCUGCCAGUGUCCAACAACAAUAAUGGACCAGUGCAGCCUCAGGCCGGGGACUGCGCGGUGAGCCCGUGGGGCGAGUGGAGCAAGUGCUCCGUCAGUUGCGGCACAGGAUACCAGGAGCGAGUCAGGACUAUACUGGUGCGUCCGUCUCCAGGAGGCGCGCCGUGUCCGCGCGCGUUGUCGCGGCGCCGGCGCUGCUACCGACAGUGCUAACUACCCUUACACUAACCAGGUCUGUGUAGCACCCUCAACUUUCACUUAAUUACUGCAUUUUAUACACAUUUUAUAUAAAACACUUACCAAAGCCAAAUAAAUAAACGCUUGCAAGACGAA